CCAUGAAGUCUCGCGUUACUACCCCACAAAAUCCCGUCCAAGCAAAUCAACCAGGAAGCGAACGGCGGAAACUCCUGGAUGGAGAGGCGGGCUGAGCGCACGGCACGCGUCUUCGGUUAAAAACACGGUGGACGCUUUUCCGGAGAGAAACGAUGUGGUCACCUCUUACCACAUGACGGUGUAAGGGACGGAUAGCCAGCCAAUGAUCCAGCUGAGAGUGUCCUGUCACGGUAAACACCGACAUAUGGCCCUGCUCCUCAGGUAACCGCGGGAGACGACGACAUAACGACACAACUCUAGCAUCAUGUUCCUGAAGACGUCGUUCACCACCCUGAUUGUGGGGGUGUUUGUGGUGUACGUGCUCCACACCUGCUGGGUCAUGUACGGGAUAGUGUACACCAAACCCUGCGACGUCCCCAACGGUGACAAAUGUAUCACGCCUUUCUUGGCAGGGAACCCGAAACUACAGUUAAGUAUCUACACUGCACUGCGACCCAAUGCAGAGGGAGGACAUACCCUGAUCCACAAAGAGGACAAAUUUGAUGUCGACAGCAAGUUUGAGAGGAUAGUUAAUGUGUCCCUGCCUAAGAAGACCCGGAACAACGGAACUUUAUAUGCACUAAUAUUUGUCCAUCAAGCCGGAGUCACCCCAUGGCAGGAUCCACGACAGGUCCACUUGGUGGCUCAGCUCACCACGUACAUGGUGCCGAAGCCGCCUGAAAUCUCUUUGAUAUCCGGAGAGGAUCAAACACAGCAGGGUCAGAAAGAAGAAGCCCAGCAGAAGAAACCACGUGAUGGUAAAAAGGUGGCAGGGGGCGGAGCUGGAGGCGGCUCCACUUCUGCGUCCGAUCACCCAGCUUCCCACUGGCGCUCCCGCCUGACACUCAACGUCGUCAGCGACCACUUCCUGUUCGACAGAGAAUACCUGCCCAGUGACGUCCACAGAUACCUCAGAGUAUUCCAAAAUGGUAAAAAGAUGGUUUAUCUACCUCUGCUGUUUGUCGAUGAGCUCAGCAACCGGGUCAAAGACCUUGUGGAGAUCAACAGUACCUCCAUGGAGCUCCCUCUGACCAUCUCCUACGACUCUAUCUCUUUGGGGAGGCUACGAUUCUGGAUACACAUGCAAGACGCUGUUUACUCUCUGCAGCAGUUUGGUUUCACAGAAAAGGAUGCUGAUGAGAUUAAAGGAAUCUUUGUGGAUACUAACCUGUACUUCCUGGCUCUGACCUUCUUUGUAGCCGCCUUCCAUCUCCUCUUUGACUUCCUGGCAUUCAAGAACGACAUCAGCUUCUGGAAACAGAAGAAAAGCAUGGUGGGAAUGUCCAGUAAAGCCGUGCUCUGGCGAUGUUUCAGCACUAUCGUGAUUUUCCUCUAUUUGUUCGACGAGCAGACCAGCCUGCUUGUCCUCAUACCUGCCGGCAUCGGCUCGAUCAUUGAAGUAUGGAAAGUGAAGAAGGCCUUCAAGAUUCAGGUUUUCUGGAAAGGAGGCAAACCAACAUUCCUGUUUGGGAAAUUAGACGAAUCAGAGAGGAGAACAGAAGAGUACGACACACUGGCCAUGAAAUAUCUCUCAUACCUCCUGUACCCUCUGUGUAUUGGAGGGGCCGUCUACGCUCUAAUAUUCCUACGAUAUAAGAGUUGGUACUCGUGGUUGAUCAACAGUUUGGUUAAUGGUGUAUAUGCCUUUGGCUUCCUCUUCAUGCUGCCUCAGCUGUUUGUCAACUAUAAGCUGAAAUCUGUGGCUCACCUGCCCUGGAAAGCCUUCAUGUACAAGGCAUUCAAUACCUUCAUCGACGAUGUGUUUGCCUUCAUCAUCACCAUGCCAACGUCCCACAGACUGGCCUGUUUCAGAGAUGAUGUCGUGUUUCUCAUUUACCUCUACCAGAGAUGGCUCUACCCAGUGGACAAGACGAGAGUGAAUGAAUAUGGAGUUUCUUAUGAUGAAAAGCCCAAAGGAAAGACUCACAAGGACUAGAGAAGAAAGACGGGUUAUUGUCCUCCAUCAUCUGGUAUUUGCGAGUUUUGUCUUCGGUCCACUGAUUUCAUCUGGUAUCAGCUGAGCUGGUUGAACGGUCCAGAGGCACCUGGAAAAAUAUUUCUCUGUCUCUGGGCAGUUAGCUGUAAAUGGACCAGAUGUAUCAACAUGCUCGUGGUUUUUGACUUUUCCACCCUGUUCCGUGGUGCAAGGUCAACAUCUGCUUGUCUGCCUUUUGGCGUCUGGCAUUUUUUUUUUUUUUUUUUUUUUUUUUUUACAAUGUGCAAUGUGGCAGGAAGAUCAGUAAGAUCAAUCUCACACAACAACAUGAAUGAAUGAAUGGCCAGCACUCUGCUCACCAUGAUGACCAUGUCUACCGCAGGUCAGACACUGCUCAGCUUUGCUAUGAAAGAGUACGCUCUGACUAUAGUAGCUCUUCUACAGUAGAUAUUGGCUGGCAGCUCCGAGCCAUGAAUUCUGCUCUUCCUUCUUUUCAAACAUGUCAAUCCACAGAGCCAGUCACAUGCCUCGUCUAUGGGAACAGUUCCAACUUGUUAACAUCACUGGAGUACUGAUUUGGUUGUACUAAAGUGCAAGAUUGAUUUGACUGGGUUGGACUCCCAUUUUAAGAUGAAGUUGAGAACCGCUGUAAAUAUUUAUUUUAUUUUUAGUUAUUUUCAGAAUUUUAAUUACAAUGUUAACAAGGGAUCAUUUUAAAAUCUUAAUGUUUACAAAUUCCAAUUAACUUUGAGUACUGAGAGUUUGACAAGAGCCUCAUUUGAAUAUAUUAAUUUUCCAUAUUUUUAUUCCAUGUUAUUCCAACAGCGCCAAACCUGAUAUAGCCGAGCUUUCCGAAAAGUUUCCCCAGUCCUAAUUCCAGCUUGGAUUUUGAAGUGAACGCUUUUUUCAAGCUGAUAUUAUACAGUAACCAAUAUAACGUGAAAGCUGCAUUAGGCAAAAAUGGGCAGUACUGACACGUAAACAACACGGUGAAUGGCUUGGCUCAGUUAUAUAUUCCUGAUUCAUAAUGUGCUUUUGUAGAAACAAUCCGAAAUGCUAAUGAUGUUUAAAUUUUGCUGACUGAAAAAAAAGAAGCUCUUAACAGUUUGCCUCUUAGAAAAGGACCAAAGGACACUGACUUUUAUGACAAUGUAACGCAGGAGGGUGCCACUGAAAACCUGAAAACCACACUGUCUUUUCCAUCCACUCUAAUUUUGUAGUUUUACCCGCUCAAGUAUUUUUCACAUAUCAAGGCCAAGAAAAUACGUUAGUGCCAAAUGUUCGGGAUGAUUCUUUAAACAGUUUGUGAGCUUUGUGUGUUCACCAUAAAUAUUCCAUCUGAGGUUUUUAAAUAGACACUGACAUUGUGUGUGUGUGUGUGUGUGUGUGUAAGACUUGAGGAAAGUAUUACUACAUCUGAACUUUCAGUCACAUUUUCUUUCUUUUUUUUUUGCCAUCAUUUUGUUGUCAUGUUUUUUUUUUUUUUUUUUAUGAAAUAGAAAGACCUCUUGGAAUCAGCCUGCUCUAUUUUCAGACAUCAGGAUACUUUAGGUCUGUGUACGAAGAUCCAGAGCAGGUUUUCUCUUCCUGUGUAAACGCAGCCAGAAAUUUGCCUUGGAACAGUUUUACUUAUUGUAAUGUUUCUGUUUUUGAUUGAGAUUAAAUAAAAUUGACUGACUGAA